CUAGAGGGUGAAAAUAAAGUGUUUCCUUCUCCGCCAAUUCCAGGGAAGGCUGAAGGUGCUCCUCCAAUGGGAGCCUUGACACCUCCGUUAUAGGUGGAGACUCGCGACCCCGCCCCUGCUCGAGUUGGAGGUGGGGAAGCCUCCAGAGUAUUCUCCAGAUCCUGCUGCGGGCCCUUGGUGUCAUUUUGCCCGCGGCGUUGGCAGUGCGGACAGCCGGAGCUUAGGGUGAGAAGCCAGGAAAUAGGGCGGCGCAGAAAGGGGGAGUGGCGGGGUAGGAGAGGCCGGCUCAGAGCGCUAGAAGGUUGGAGCCUGAGCGAGCUUUCACCUGGGUGGUCUCUCGACCCUAGGCCGACGGGUGGCAAAGGGUCCUGCAGGUAGCAAAGUGAGGGCGAGUGCCCCUUCGGCCCCUAGACGGCAAACCGAACAUGCAUCAUUAUUAGAACCAUCAACCUGCAGCUAGCUUGGACAUCAUUAAAAGGGCUCAUCAGCUACAAAUGGAUACAAGUAUCUGACACUGGUGAAGACAGUUUCAGGCUUCUACUUGGAGCUACACUCUACCUUGGUUGACCUCCCCGCACCCAACCCCAUCCCAACCAGUCACAACUUGGGCUGUGGAUAGAAACUGGAACACAGACUCUUCCAGCAGCUCCACAGUUCCCUUAUCCUCAAUGAGCAAAUUACAGAAGCUGGCUACUGAAGAGGCUUUCCAAGCAGUAGAGCACCUCCUUGGCCCUGCCUAGCACAUUUAUCACAGAGCAAUAAGUGAAUGUUGGGUAUUAUUCAUUUGUGCUUACCACCUGCAACAACUGUAAGAAAUUUGUCACUCCCACUUCACUAAUGGCCACCCUCUAAGGAUUUCCAGAAGAGGUUAACUACAGUGUCCUCAGAUCCUACUUGGACACCCCAGAGUGAGGGGAUCCGUAUCUCUUCACUAACUUGUAACUCACAUACUAACUGGAAAACUUCUUGCUAUUUUUUGCUUAUCUCUUUGUUCUUUUAGUGCACGGAAUUUAACUAUUGACUCAAUUCCUCAAAGGGACUACUAAAGGUUUCUUUUUCUUCUUGAGUCAAUUUUGGCAAGAUAUCAUUUCCUUGGAAUUGGUCCAUUUUGUAACAAAACUUUUUUUUUUGGUGGGUACUGGGAAUUGAACUCAGGACUUCUUGCUUGCCAGGCAGGUGCUGCACCACUGAGCUAUAUCCCUGGUGCAGAAUUGGUCUAUUUUGUGCAUGUUUUUAAAAUCACUGACAUAAAGUUCCUUUAUUUAUUCUCUGCUAUAUAAAAUCUGUAGUGAUGUCUCCUUUUUCAUUGCUAAUAUUGGUUAUGUGUGCCUUCUCACUUUUUUUCUUGAUUAAUCUUACCAGAGGUUUGUCUAUUUUACUAGUCUUUUCAAAGAACCAACUUUUGGCUUUGUUGCUCCUUUCUAUUGUGUCUUUGUUUUCUAUUUCUUUAAUUUCUGCUCUUAUCUUUUUUGAUCUCCUUCCUUCCACAUUUUUUGGCUUUAUUCUAUUGUUCUUUUUCUGAUUUCUUAAAUUGGAAACGAGCUCAUUAAUUUUUAAUUUUUUUGUUUUCUAAUUUAUGCAUUUAAGGAUGUAAGUUUCCCACUAAAUGCUGCUUUUAGACUAGUUCAGAUAAGUAGUGUUUUCAUUACUGUUUAGUUCUAAGUAUGUCAGCAUUUCCAUUAUAGUUACUUCUUUGACCUGUGAGUUAUAUCAAAGUGUGCUUUUAAAUUUCCAAAUGUUUAGGGAUUUUAAAUGUUGUCCCUUUGUUAUUGAGAUCUGUCUUAUUUGCAUUAUGAUCAGAUAAUAUGAUUCAUGUGAUAACGAGUCUUUGAAAAUUAUUGAGACUUGUCUUAUCACUUAGUACAUGAUCACUAUUUUUGAAUGUUUCCUAUGUGCUUUAUGAGGAUGUAUGUUCUCUAAUUGUUGAAUACAAAGUUCUAUAUAUAUCUAUUAUCAAGUUUGUUAGCUGUGUUCAAUUUUACUUAUCUGAAUGUUUCUUUGGUCAUGAUCUACCAGUAAUUUUAAAGAUAUGGUAAUCAUUAUGAUGAUGGAUUUACCAAUUCUCUUUGUAGUUUUAUCAAUUUUUUGCCUUAUAUAUUAACUGUGUCCAAAUGUAUAUUUAUCUAAUGUGGUUCUUUGGUUGUGAUCUACCAGUAACUUUAAAAUGUAUUCAACUAUGAUGGUGGAUUUAUCAGUUUCUCUUUGUAGUUCUGUCAUUUUUGCUUUAUAUAUUGUGAGGAUAUUAGGAAUAUUCAAGUGAAUACUGUUACAUAUUCCUGGUAAAUAUGUAAUACUCCUCUAUUCCCAAUAAUACUCUUUUCCUCCAUUAAUGUAGAAGAACAAGCUUGUUGUUAGGAUUUGUAUGGUAUAUAAUUUUACAUUCUUUUACGUUUUAGAGUUUACAUGUCUUUAUUCUUUUUUAAAACUUUAUUAUUUUAUUAGUACCUACUUAUCAUACAUACUGAUCAUAGUCAUCAUAGGAAAUCUGUACCUGUAAAAACUACAUUCUUUAAUUAUUUUAUUUUUUUCAAAAUGCUGUGGCAUAUAGCUGGAUCUUUAAGAUAUACAAUCUGUUAACCUCUGUCUUUUAAUUUUAAAGUUUAGUCUGUUUAUAUUUACUGAAAUUUUAGUCUUGUUUUUACCAUCACACUUUAUUUCAGUUGUUAACCACCAACUUUUGCAUUCCUUAUUUUUUCUUAUUUUUUAGUUUUAAGAUUUUUUUUUUUUUUUGUCUUUUUCGGUUUUUAUCGGUACCAGGGAUCAAACUCACGACUGCCUUACAAGGCAGGCGCUUAUGCCGCUGAGCUAAAUCCUCAGCCCCUAGUUUUAAGAUUUUUGUUCUCUCUCUCUCUCUCCCUCCCUCCUUUCUCCCUCCCUCUCUCCCUCCCUCUCCCUUCUUCCCUCCCUCCCUCCCUCUCUCAGUACUAGUGAUUGAACACAGAGCCUUCUUAUUCAGCAACAUCCCCACCCCUUAUUAAAUUUUUUUUGAGACAGAGUCUUGCUAAGCCCCUAAACAGCAGAGGAUGGGCUGGAACUUGUAGUUCUCCAGCCUUAGCCUCCCACAGCAUUAGGAUUACAGGUUUGUGCUACCCCACCCAGCUUUGUUUUCUUACUCUUUUUUCCUAGCUACUGUUUACAUUUUGUUUUUAUUCUUUUUGAGGUUCUUAAAUUUUUACCUUGUACUUAACUUAGAAGUUUAAAUAAUAGUUAACCCCCUCUUGAAGAAUGUAGGAAGCCUGGAAAUCUUCAACUUUAGUCAUUUUUUUCUUAACCACAUUCUGUUUCAAGUACGUUAGUUUUUUCCCCCCUUUUUUCCUAACCUCAUACUUAUACAUAAUCAUCAAUACUAUUUUAUAUAGGCAGGAUUUGUUUGACUUUACACUCACACAUUCUUGGAUCUCAGAUCAUCCUUUAGGAUUAUUUCUUUCAUUAUGAAUACAGUGUUUAAAUGUUCUUUUUGUAUAGGUCUCUUGAUGUUAAAUUCUCUAAGUCUAUGUUAUAUGUAAAUGUCUUUAUUUUAUCCUCCUUAAAAGAUAGUGUUUUAUACGUAUUUUCACUUAGCAUUAGAAUGUAUGAUCCCAUUCUGUUUUGGCUUUGGGAAGUCUAUUGCCAUUUAGAAGUGUACUAUGAGUCAUAUUACUGUUGUUGUUCUGCUCUUGUUCUUGUUUGAGUGGAAUGCGCAGGGAGUCUUCUGGUUUCUUACAUGUUAGGCAUGUAUUUCUUUUUUACUUAUUCUAAUUUUGGAAGUGUGUUUAUGGCUCAGUAAAUUAAUUUUUUAAAUUUAUAAUUUUCUCCUUAAAUAUAGCCUCUCUUUUAUUCUAUUUUUUCUUUCUCAGAAUCCAAUUAGUGGUAUUUUGUACUUAUUCAUUCUAUCUUUUAUAUGUCAUAACAUCUCUUUGAUAUUUUCUGUUUCAUAGUUCAUUUUGGGCAAUUCCUUCUGAUAUUUUGUUCAGUUUACCAAUUUUCUCUUCACCUAUGUAUAAUCUGUUUAAUCUUUUCAUUGAAGUUUUUUUUCAAAUAUUACACUUUCAUUUGUACACGCUCCAUAUAUUUUACUUUAUAAUGUGCUUAGCUGUGACAGUGUCCUGUUGUUUCGUAUUCUUUGUGAUUUUAUCUGUUACUUCUUUAAAUAUUUUAUAUAAUUUUUGUUCAACUAGUAAUUACUGAUUGUAUGACACUGUAAAUAUUGUUCACAUCUAGGCCACAAAAUAUACUCUGAGUGCAUAUUCUUCAUUGCAUAUACUUUUUUGUUUUCCUAGGAUCUGGUCAUUGUUUUGUUUUCUUUUGCCUAGUGCUGUAUAAUACUUAUUACUAAUUCUUCUCUGAAAUUCUUUUUAAAAUCUAAAUCAAGGGCUGGGGAUUUAGCUCAGUGGCUCAAGUGCUUACCUGGUUAAGUGCAUGAGUUCGAUCCCCAGUACCAAAAAAAAAAUCUAAAUCAGAUCAUGUCCCUCUUCUUCAAAAUUUUCCCACAGCUUCAAGCUCCCUCAGAACAAAAGCCAGAACCUUCACCAUAGCCCAAAUGUUCCUUCAUAAUAUGGUUCCCUUUACAUUUCUGACCUCCUCUCCUCUCACUUUCCCUAUCUCUCACUGUUUUCCAGCUAGCAGGCCUCCUUCCUGUCCUCAAGCAUGCCAGUAUCCUUCCUCUUCAAGGUUUUUGUACUUGCUAUUUUUCCUGCUGAUGACUUGCCCAAGUAUUUCCAUUAUUUUGAAUGUCACGUCCCUGAUCAACAUAUAUAAAAUAGCCCCCUUCACCUCCAUUUUCCAUCUCCUUAUCCUGCUAUAUAUGUGAUACCUUUCUACAAAGCUCUGAUCACCACCUAAUAUUUUGUUUAUUUACUUAUUUAUUGUGGUUAGUGUUUGUCUCUCCCCAAUAGACUGUAUGCUUCACAAAGCAAGGAUUUGUUUUUUUCAUUUCUGUACCCCUAGUGCUAAAAACAUACAUAGCAAUUCAAUAAAUAUUUGUGGAAUAAA